AUUGGAAACCGAUCGCCGAAACCGAUCAAUCAUACCUCCCUGUCUUCGUGUAGUAAUCGUUUCUGAUCUUACAGAGACAGAGGAGAGAGGCGAUCGAGAUGGUGGAAUCGAACGCACUCCUGGAGGAGGCGGCGCGGCUGGCGGAGGCGGCGCGGGAGCUCCAGGAAGCUGCCGCCAUCCUCAUCUCCAGGACCCGCAACGAGGAGCAGUCCCUGCGCCAGCGCGCUGUCGCCCUGGAGUCCGACCUCCGGAGGCUUCAAUCGUCGCUCGAUUCGACCGUCAGAAAGAAGGGUGAGAGCGCCACUGGCGGGGGCGUCGAUCCCAAGAUCGCAGAAAAGGUUGAUGAAGAGUUAUGCAGGGCGAGAUGCGUCAUCAAUGAUGGGGAUGUUGCAUCACUGCUUCUCAGCAAGACCCAUGGUCGGUUCUUGAAGAUGUUCCUUGGCCCUGUCAAUGUACGAGCAACAAGGAAAGAAGUCCAGCUCAAAGUGAAGGAGGAGUACAAUAGCUACAGGAACAGCCUUUUUAUUUCUUCUAUUUCCGUCCACUCUUCUUCUUUUGAGAUCUUGGGUUUGGGAUGCAUGCCUUCCAGCAUUGCCUGUCCAGCUAUAUCAGGUUUGGCUGUUAUACCUAUACACAACUUUAGCUUUGCGGGAAAACAUAUUGAGAGUAAAUGGAAGCGACAUUCGUCCUUGAUUUGUAGGAAGCAAUUUUGCGAAGCAGAUUAUGAGCAUAUUUUGGGUUCAUGUGUGAAAAACAUCGUAGUCUUGCUCAGUGCCUCCUUGUUGUAUCCCUUUAUGUGGAUCUGCCAUCACUAUUGCGCCAUGUUGAUGGCCCUUAUUAGUCUCACAUGGGAAAUAAAGCGGCAACCUGAUUGUGCUUACAAACAGAGAGGGGUGCAACUGUUCCUUAUGUGGGCUAUGAUGCAAGGUGUUUCUAUGCUUUUACAAAACAGAUAUCAGCGUCAAAGGCUGUAUACUCGCAUUGCAUUGGGCAAGGCAAAAAGAAUGGAUGUUGUGUGGGGAGAAACUGCUGGUGUUGAAGGCCAAUUGUGGUUGUUAUGCCCCAUUCUCUUCAUUUUGCAGGGCUUUGAAGCAUAUGUUGGCUUAUUACUACUUCGUACAGCUUUUGUUGGUGUUAUUUGUGAGUGGCAGGUUAUCGUUUGUGGAAUAUUGCUGGUUUUGAUGGCAAUUGGUAACUUUGCAAACACGAUGCAGACACUUAUAGCAAAGUCCAGAUUCAAAGCUAAGAUGAAAAGAACAAGGAGCAAGUAGGAUUUUGAUCAAUGUAUCUUGACUCAGGAUCCUUCACCAAUUGAUUCCAAAUCAUCGAAGGCAUCGUGAUGUGGAUAAUGAUCAAGUUUACUACAUUUGCUACUUCAAGCUUGGUCAUGUUCUGAAAUGCUAUUCGUGUUCAAAGCAAUGUUGUUUUGUACAGCUCCUACCAGGAUGUCUGUUACUAGCAGUUGAUCUAAUCAUCCAUCAUGAGGAUGAGUGUGGUUUUGCUAUGUAGUUUACAAUAGUUGUACCUUUCUUUCCUUUUUAUUGGCGCAUCAUAAUUAGAUUAGCGUUUCUUAAGAAACCAUAUGCAGGGAACCAAGCUCAACUGCGCUUCUUUUUGUUUGUGGUUUAUAAUGAGUGUACGCCAUAUUACCCUUGCAGAAUAAAUGGUGAAAGUAACAAAUGAAGUUGCCUUUUA